CUGGCGCAGAAGUACGACGCGCAGAGCGAGCGGGAGCUCCGCGCCUGGAUCGAGGGCGUCACCGGGCGCCGCAUCGGGGACAACUUCAUGGAGGGGCUCAAGGACGGCGUCAUCCUCUGCGAGUACGGCGUSACCCCUGACCCCCUCGAGAACAUCGGCAACUUCCUCAAGGGCAUCCGGCGCUACGGGGUGAAGGCCCACGACAUCUUCGAGGCCAACGACCUCUUCGAGAACACCAACCACACGCAGGUGCAGUCCACGCUCAUGGCGCUCGCCAGCCAGGCCAAGACCAAGGGCAACAACGUGGGGCUGGGGGUCAAGUACGCGGAGAAGCAGCAGCGGCGCUUCCAGCCCGAGAAGCUGCGCGAGGGCCGCAGCAUCAUCGGCCUGCAGCCACCAUGA